UGUCUUUGUUAUUUAUCAACCCAUUGAGGGUCCACAUACAAUAUAUAUACAACAAUGCCAGUAUAUAUAUAAGGGCAGACUAAGUGAGAUUCCUCAUCUUUCUUUGUAUGCAUGCAUAUAUGGUCGUCGCAUAAAGUGUCUCAACUCAUCAAACCAACGCGUUAUCUGCUUCACAGCCCUCAAACACCAUGGGCGCAUUACUCUCACUUCCAGUAGUGGGCUACCUGCUCCUGCCCACACUCGGCACCUACUCAACCUCUCUCAACCUCUUAUUCUUCUACAUGACUUGGUCAACCCUUGUCCUCACACAAUCCCAGCUCCGCGUCGAGGUUAUUGGCACCCUCGCCGUGCGCGCCCUCUUCUUCCUACUCCCCGCAGCCUUCUUCCUCCUCUUCGACACAAUCAUACCGAGCUUGGCAGUAGGCCUUAAGAUCCAGGGCGCCCCAGCGUUACCAACCCGGACUGGCGGCGUGCAAGGCGCAAAAAAGAGCAAGGGCACGCCGCCGUGGUGGCAGGUUAUUGGGGUCAGCUUGUUCAACAUACUUCUGUCCGUCGGGAUACAAGUCGCCGUAGAGUUCCUCUUCACUGAGGUUCUCCACAUGCGCAGCGCCAUGAAGAUUACCACCACACUCCCAAUGCCGUGGUCGAUAGCAAAGGACGUCCUCCGAGGACUUGUCAUAAGAGAAGUCCUCCAAUACUACAUCCACCGCUUCCUCCACCGCCCCGCCCACCCCAACAUCUUCUCCACGCUCCACAAGCAAUGGAACCACUCCAUCACAGCCCCCUACUCCUUCACCGCCUACUACGACCACCCCCUCCCCCACCUGCUCCUGCACUUCCUCCCCCUCUACCUCCCCACCCUCCUCUUCCGCCCCCACAUCCUCACGCACCUCCUCCUCCUCGCCCUCACCACUCUAGAAGAAACCCUCGUCGCAUCCGGCUACGCCACGCUCCCCGGCAUCAUGCUGGGCGGCAUCGCGAGACGGCAGGAUCGACAUAUGCAGAGUCGUGGUAGGGGAAAUUUUGCGCCGUGGGGGUUUAUGGAUUGGUUGCAUGGGACGAGUGUGGGGGGGGAUGUGAUGGAGGAUGUGAGGGAUGAGGCGGAGAAACAUCAGGUUAGGGAGAGAGCGGGGGGGAUGCUGGAUGAGGCGGCGGAGAAGGGCAGGGAGGGGGUGAAGGCGUUGAGGGGGAGGAGGAAGAAGCAGCAUGCUUAGGGGGUGGGAGUAGAUAGUUUUGGGGAUUUUUAGAAAUAUAUCCUUUGUUUAUGUUGGCUGACAUAUAUUUUGCUAUGAGAGCGAAGUUAUGUGCCUGGCCAAGCAAGAAAGUCUAUCAUCGAAAACUGGGAAGAAGAACUCAGACAGAUCUUUGAUGAUGCACAUAAAUUUCAGGCUCUUAUAUUAAUCCACGAUACAGGAUCGUGGUAGAGGCUUCUGGGUGUCAACUGUCGUGAUAUUUCCUGUCAGCACCAGUGUAUACUGCUGCCACCAACCUCCAUCCUGUCAUCGUUUCUCUUGAAAGAAACGAUGUCACUCUCGCUGUUGCAGAUUCCUACUAUCUGCGAGGUGAAGACGUCCAUCUACAGCAGCAAAUGAGGAUAGCUCGUGGUUCUCGGGGUCGAUGCACCUGAAGCGGGAUGCCAGCUUGCAAACUGUUUCUUUCAUUCUGCCUGAGCAAUAUCGGUCUAAUUCAACAAG